AUUCCACUCUCCUCUCUCGCCACUUAUGAUAUCAUACCAGAGUUGAAAAUAUAGAAUGUCCCGCCACCCUUUGAUCUCGAUAACCUCCACCUCCUUCCGCCCCAUAACCUCCCCGCUUACUGCACCGAUACUGUUUCCCAACACAACAUUUGCCCUCCAUCCCGCUCAGAAAUGGUCAAUCCUUGGGUCGUCAAAAUCAACUCUCCUAUCCAUCCUCUGUGGUAGUCACAUCGCUAUCCCACCUACCGGUCGAUGCUAUCCCGGUCUACGGGGCACCAUUGAACUCGUCUCUUUCACCACUGGGAGCAAGAGUACGGGGAUGCUUGCUGGAGCUAACAGUGGGGAAACCUACUUGUCUGCACGGUAUGAGGCUUGGAGGGAGGAAUCUGAUGUUUCUCUAAGGACGUGGCUGGGAGGUAGUAUUGCUGGGAAGAAUCCUUUUGAGGAGGGAGGGGAGGUGAAAGGGAAGGAAGCACUGGGGGAGAGGAAGAAGAAAGUGGAGGAUGUCGCGGGAACCUUGAUGCUACGGGAAUUUCUAGAUCAAAGUGUUAUGACGUUGAGUAAUGGACAGAGCCAGCGGGCAAGAAUUGCACAAGCGCUUUUGAAAAGACCGGAGGUGUUGGCUAUUGAUGAGCCGUUUAUGGGACUCGAUCCUCCGUCUCGCAAUUUACUAUCAGAACUACUCUCCCGCCUCCCACGCGCCCCACAACCGACACAGAUACUGCUCGGUCUCCGCCCGCAAGACCCUGUACCAGCCUGGAGCACACACAUAGCAUUUAUAUCUAACAACCGUAUCCUCGCGCAGGGCCAAAAAGAAUUCGUCAUCUCGACCCUCCGUCGAUCCGGAAAGACAAUCCUACAAGAAGGCGACGACACCCAAAAACCCGCCCCAACCCUCCUCGACAAAGUCUGGUCCGCCCCCGCGGUCCCGGCGUCCAUAUCACAAGAUCGAAUCACGCUGCCGUCAAAAUCUACCUCCAGCCCAAUUCUGAUUCAAAUGAGCAACAUCCAAAUAACAUACCCCCCACACCCCCCCUUCCUACAGAACUUCUCCUGGACAAUCCGAGCCGGCGAGCGCUGGGGUCUCUUCGGCCCUAACGGAUCGGGGAAGACCACACUGAUAUCCCUCCUAACUUCUGAUCACCCGCAGACCUAUGCCCUACCGAUAACACACUUUGGCCACCAAACUCGCAUUCCAGGACCCGGAAGACCGGGCGUCAGCAUCUUCGACGUACAGAAGCGCAUCGGACACGCAUCCCCAGAAGUCCACGCCUUCUUCCCAAAAGCGUACACUCUCCGGCGCACCAUCCUCUCUGGCCUUGCAGAGACCUUCCGUGCGAAGCCCCCACCAGCAACAGAAUACGCAGAGACGCUGCUCGCCGAAUUCGAAGACAUCGUCGCCGGCCCGGGUGGUUGGGACGACACUGUCUUUGGCGAAGCGUGCUUGAACGUUCAGCGCCUCGCUCUGUUCCUGCGUGCCGUGGUGGGUAAGCGCGAACUGCUGGUUCUUGACGAAGCCUUUUCCGGCAUGGAUAAUGCGGUUAGGGAUCGCUGUUUUCGUGUUCUUGCACAUGGGUUCGACCACGCGCGCCAGGCACUUGUGGUCGUUAGCCAUGUCGGCGAGGAGGUGCCCGAGGUGGAUAUGUGGGUCAGGUUGCCGGAUAGGGGGAGUGAUGCUUGCGCAGUUUAUGGGUAUGCGUAGAGUGGUGGAUAUUAUAUCCCCGAAGUGGUUCAAUCUAGAAGUCAGAACAUGGAAUAUCACUCGUGAUUCAUUCUCUGUUUCUGUUUCUGAAAUCUGCUUUGGGUUCGGGGGGCCACAGGGGAGGGAUGGCCAGAAAUAAUAUUUCGUUGGUAGAGAUGCUGCAAGCAUUGGUUCAUAGCUUCCGGAUUUUCCCCUCGAUUGACCAGAUUAUAGACAGCUAGAUAGAUAAAAUAUUGUUUGGUGUUAUCACGCCUUAGGGUCACAGGGGGUCAACUCGUUCCACCCACGCGCAAACAGAAAUCGUGGGAAAUAUAGUACCAACAAUGCGCUAAGCCCCCGCCCAAAAAAAUGGGGGGGGGGGCACAAAUAAACAGAAACACUAGAAGAAUCGUAGAUACAGCAGAUACAGCAGAUUAGAAAUUAGAAAUGUAGAAGGCCAAGUAUCAGCGUACAGCCAACCGUUGAAACCCGGAAUAAAGAUCUCCGCAAAAGUGAUACAGCUUGAAGAGUUAAACCUGAGCACCCCACUUCUCUGAGUCUUUCUUCUGUAAGUAUCAUUGAACAGCGAACACACACUCUCUUUCCGAUCACUGUCCGUUCCCCCUCAAGAUUACGCAAGUUGCCAUCACCAACGGGUGACUGUUCCGCCUGCGCUAUCAUACAACAACGCACCAUCACCAUACAGGCUUACAAGCCCUGAGUGAUGUGAAGCUCACUUAAUAGCAAACCGCCCGGGAGAUGAUUGAGGGCUAGUCGGUUCUGCUGUAAGAUAUAUGACUUGACAGGCGACAAGCAAGAUCAGUCGUAACUCAACUAUUGGUUAGUUACCCAACGUAACCGAACACUCCCCCCAAGGAGAAAGAUCCUGAUGCCAAAAUUUGUGCUAAAAAGUGGCGCGCCGAACAUGGCUUUUGACAUUUAUUUUCCCAAUGCGAUUGCCUAUUAUAGUUAACGAAUAGUAAAAUCUCAUUUAUCAUACUAGAUUUUUUUUUUGGCA